GUGGGACGCUGCUUUUUGGGCGAUCCUUCCUUGUGUUGAAGGGCGACCCAUACUCACGCCAAGUACAGCCACAACGAACCCCAAAGCUCGCACCAGUCACUCGCACUGUAACCACCGAGGCCAAGGCCGAGGCGUGGAAGCAGGCGAGGAGGCAGUGCUUGCUUCUCUUUGCGGCGUAAAGAUCUCCAAAGCAUCAGCAAUAAUAGUGACGGCAAACGGCUCGAUCCUUUUCCACUUCUCCAGCAUUCACUCACCAUGGUGAGCGACGUUGAGAAUGAGGACCAGCACUCUCCCGGUGCCUGCGACGUGUGUGGAACCACAUCCGCCGCGCUGCGCUGUGAGGCCUGUCGCCUCGACUUGUGCGUGUCCUGCUCGCGUACGCGCCACCGCAGCAGUCUCCACUUGACCACGGGUCGCUUCCGCUUCUAUCGUCAAGAAGGAGACGACCAAGAGGACGACUCACCGUCCACAGCGUCACCGCCCAGUUCGCCCGCGGCCGAAGAGCUGCGUAGCUCGUCUGAGACGACAACUAGUGACGCGCUCUGGGGCUUCGACGAUGCGUUGGCAGAGUCGAUACGCGCACUAACGUUCGCUACUGAUGAAGAGCCCAGCGUCGAAUCUACUGCACCUAAAUCAACAACUACUACUACUACGACUAUUGAGAGGCGACCGCGUAGCUUCUCAGACUACGUGGCGUUGGGCGACGGCGAGCGCUGGCGAGCACAGGGCGAACUCAGUGAGCUCUGGGACGCCAUGCGGACGAACUUCGCCUCGCGCCACGUGGUCGUGCGCUGCGGUGCCGGCGUCUGGGACGCGCUGGAUGUGCGUCGCGUCGUGGACCGCCUGAACAACUUUGGCAGUGUGGCUAGCACACGGCGCGAGUUGACUGCAGGAGGUUUGCUCUUUUGCACCUUCUUCGAUCUUACGAGCGCAGUGGCAGCAGUUGACCGCUGGCGCGCCGAUACCGACAUCAUCAGCUAUUGCCUGCCCUACGAACUUCCGGACGACGUCAACUCGGCGACACUGCUCGUACGCUUCGCCCUCGGUGGGUCGACUGCCGCCGAGCUACAUCAUGUAUGUACAUGUUUCGGUCAGGUGGCCAGCGUCUUGCAGCCUGAUCCACAAGUAGCCAAGUUCAUCGUUGAGUACAGCGACUCGCGUGCACUACCCGGUGCACUUAACGGCCUGCCACACGCAUUCCACGCCACUGGGCCACUGACUGUGGCUCGCACUACACCUCCAACGUUGGAUGUUUCCAAGCUCAAACUCUUCCAGGAGUGUCUGAAUCGAGCAGCAGCCACACACCCACGAAUAACUCGGACUCGCCCCAAGAGCUUCUCGUCUAGCAGCACGUCGCUUCUGACGUCGCCUACAUCGUCCGUCGCGUCAUCGCUCAACGCGUCCUUCCUCGAAGGUGCUGGCAACAACAGCCCCAUGGCAUCCACCACGGCGGCCACGUAUCCAGGAGAACUCACGUCCCCAGUGCUGAUGCCUCAGGAAGAGCAGCAGAUCUGGGCGAGGCCAGCGCCUCGAGCCCGGAGCAACUCGUCCUCAUCGUAUCUUGGCGGCUCGUUGUCGUCCAGCAGCUUUGGCGAUUCGGCGUAUUCCAACGGGUUUACACUCCCGUCGUCCAGCAGCAUCAGCACGUUGUCGAGUCGCGGUAAUGGAUAUUCGUCGUUCCAGGCCGGCAACCAGAUAUCUACAGACCCACAGCAGCAUUCUUACUACGAUUUUCGAGCACGACAGCGUAUUCCAGCCAAGUUUGCGUCCAUGAGAAGCAGUUUCAGCAACAACGACCAUUUUUUCCGGUCCAAUGCUGGGGCCAGUGGUGGCCACGCUGGUGCUCAUGGUAGCAGCUCCACAGGACGUCCCAGCACUGGACGAAACGAUCAAGGUACCGGCGAAUUCAGCUUGUCGAUCGAGAAGGUAGCGUCGGGUGAGGAUAAACGAACAACGUUGAUGAUCCGCAACAUCCCCAACAAGUACACGCAGCAGAUGCUGCUCUCGGAGAUCAAUCGCAAUCAUCGUGGCAACUACGACUUUUUCUACCUGCCCAUCGACUUCAAGAACAAGUGCAACAUGGGUUACGCCUUCAUCAACUUUAUUGAGGCGGCGCACAUUGAAGCGUUCCACAAGGAAUUCGACGGCCAGAAGUGGACCAAUUUCAACAGCGAGAAGGUCUGCGCCAUCUCGUACGCGCGACUACAGGGCAAGCAGGCGAUGAUCGCUCGAUUCCAGAACUCGAGUCUACUGGACAAGCACGAAUCCUAUCGUCCGCUGGUCUUCGGGAGUUCUGGGUCGAAUCGAGGCAAACCGGAGCCGUUCCCAGCCCCCAAGCAAAUCGUUCACAAGAAACAGUCAGUGCACUCUCCUCAUUUUACAGCGGACGACUAUGGCAGCUACGUAGCCCAUCGAAUGUAUGCGCAGCAGCCACCACAGCAGCAGCAGAUGCAGCAACAACAUUCACUUGCUGUGUAUCCCCAGCAACUCGUGGGGAUGCCUCAACAUGCCAUGCCUCCUCUUCCGACACCCCACUUCGGCAUGCAGGCACUGCCGUUGCAGUAUAUCCCCUCGUACCAGCAGAACGACCCUCAAUUGGCGUCGCCAUUUUUGUAUGGGGUGGCAGGGAUGCCGUCGACUACGCUGGACUACACGACGUGAAGAGCAAACGUGUCCUGCUUUGGCGAUCGACUCAAGCUCCUGCCUACCUUCGUAUUAUUUUGUUGAGCGCUCGUGUACUCUUGUUUCCCUUUUUUGGCUUGCUGGUUUUUGAUACCUGCUCACUGUGUACUUUGAUUAGCUGACUUUUUAGUUCGAUUAACUACCUCGGAAAUACAGCAAACUAACACCGUGAACAGAUCAAUGCAAUGCAAAUAAAGAGCACGCAACAUCCUCCCCCCAACCAGCUCAGCUCACGUCGCGAAGAGGAACCGCAGAUCUUCCUCGGUAAGACGACAGAUAGCACUCACGUUGGCUCCGACAGUGCCUUCGAAGAUCAGCCGCUUCUUCUCUUGAAGCUUGAGAAUGCGUUCCUCGACGGUG